AUGGGCAAUCUGCAAAUGGGUAUCAACCCAAUUGACGGCCUUCUCAAUGACCCCGAGUACAACCAGCGCAGGAAGAAGAGGAGCCCUCGGGAGGUUGUGAGAGACAUCUUGUUGAUGCUCUCCUAUGACCUAGUGAUAUGGUUUUUCAACAUGGUCAUCCAUACGUUCUUCAGGGAUAUCCGUCUGAGAGGUACUUUCAACAUCCCCAAGAAGGGGGCCAUCAUAUUCGUCAUUGCACCGCAUCACAAUCAGUUUGUGGAUCCAUUGGUGGUGAUGUCAACAACGAGAGCCACGUCUGGACGGAGGAUCUCUUUACUUACGGCGGCCAAGUCGUACCGAAGAGCAUUUAUUGGUCUGGCUGCUCGGUUGUGUAGCGCCAUUCCUGUUGAAAGAGCUCAGGACUUGGUGAAGCCGGCACUGGGCCAGAUUCGAAUUGAAAAUUUCGGUCCCGAUGGCGACAACGUGGAAGUUAUCGGGGAAGGAACAAAAUUCACCAAGGAGGCUGAGGUCAAAGGGCUUUUAGGACUUCCAAAUAGUUUGGGAAACGCCCAAAUUGAAGAAAUUAUCUCGGAUACAAGGAUUGUGUUGAGGAAACCAUUCAAGGUCAACUUCGAGAAACAGUCCGAAAGAGAUGAGAAACUUAUUGACAGGCUCACAAACGGUACAGACUAUAAGACCGCUCCUCACGUUGACAACAACCAAGUUUUUGACAAUGUUUUCAACCAUCUUAACAGGGGUAAGGUUUUGGGUAUCUUCCCAGAAGGAGGGCUGCAUGACAGACCAGGGUUGCUUCCUUUGAAGCCUGGUGUGGGAAUUAUGGCAUUAGGUGCGGUGUCCAAGUCUGAGGACCCUGACGCCCUGGUAAACAUCAUCCCAGUGGGACUCAAUUACUUCCAUCCACAUAGGUUCAGAUCUAGGGUCGUUGUGGAGUAUGGAAAGCCAAUACGUGUGACGAAAAAAGAUGCUGUCAAGUAUGAACAGAAUUCAAGAGACGUGGUCAACAAGUUGAUUGACUUGAUUACGUUGAGACUUAAGGAAGUUACGGUCACUUGCGACGACUUUGACACUCUCAUGGUGAUCCAAGCAGCCAGAAGAUUGUAUACUUCGGUAAACCGAGAACACAUUCCUUUGCCUUUGGUGGUUGAAAUGAACCGUCGUUUGAUGAAAGGUUACCAGAAGUAUUCACACAGACCUGACGUGAAACAUUUAAGGGAUAACGUUUUCCAGUACAACAAGAUGCUUAUGGCAAUGUCACUUCAUGAUCACCAAGUGGAAGACCUCACGAGCUCCAAUCGUUGGGUUGUGUUUUACAGAUUCGUUGUACGUGUUUCGACGGUGGCAUUCUUCUUACUCCUUUCCUUGCCCGGUGUUUUCAUGUUUGCACCGGUGUUCAUUGUUUCCCGUCGUAUCUCCAAGACCAAAGCAAAGGAGGCAUUAGCUGGAUCCGUGGUCAAAAUCAAAGCAAACGAUGUGAUCAGUACAUGGAAGAUUCUUGUGGCAUUGGGACUUGCACCGCUGCUUUAUAUCUUCUGGGCUGGUAUUGCCUGCUGGUUAUUAAGAUCAGCCAGUGAAACCGUGAGGACACAAGUGCCACUUUUCCUACUUUUUAUUGCAAUGUACUUGUGGAUGGUUCUCACAACAUAUGCGUCAUUGAGAACAGGCGAGAGUUGUGUGGAUUCCUACAAGUCCUUGAAGCCGCUCCUUUACUCAAUGUUAUCACACCAUCUGGACGUGGUCCAGAUCGAGGAACUUAAGAAGACGAGAAGAAAGUUAGCUCAUGAGGUGAUGGAGUUCUGCGAGAAGUAUGGACCUCUGAUCUUUGACGACUAUGACAAGUUUUACCGUGAAUACAACCGCAUUGACGAGAACACCAGUGAUCUUGGCGAAGUUCUUGACGAAGAAGAAGAGACAGAGCACGGUAAGGCUGACCACGAGUCUGUUCACUCCAAGAGCGACUCAUACUGGCUCGAUAACUUGAGUAACAUUCCGAUCUUUUCGUCAGUGGAUGAAAAAGAUACUACGACACUGGAAGAGGAUUCUGUUUCUGAAGUAAGCGACGCCUCACAUGAAAAAGAUGAGGAUGUCGAGGAAGCGUCCCGGGAAGUGGAAGAAGAGGAGGAAGAGGAGAGAAGAGAGAAUGCCCGGUUGAGGCUUCGUAAGGCCAUGAAAAACAAAGCAAACCAAUGGUAG